AUGACAACAAGGAAAUGUCUCUGGAACUUCUGCAUUGAUUUGACUGAAGCUGAGAGAAGAGAGAGCAAAGGGUCAGACGCAGAGCAAAGGGUCGGACGCAGAGCAAAGGGUCGGACGCAGAGCAAAGGGUCGGACGCAGAGCAAAGGGUCGGACGCAGAGCAAAGGGUCGGACGCAGAGCAAAGGGUCGGACGCAGAGCAAAGGGUCGGACGCAGAGCAAAGGGUCGGAUGCAGAGCAAAGGGUCGGACGUAGAGCAAAGGGUCGGAAGCAGAGCAAAGGGUCGGACGCAGAGCAAAGGGUCGGACGCAGAGCAAAGGGUCGGACGCAGAGCAAAGGGUCGGAUGCAGAGCAAAGGGUCGGACGCAGAGCAAAGGAGCAAAGGGUCGGACGCAGAGCAAAGGGUCGGACGCAGAGCAAAGGGUCGGAUGCAGAGCAAAGGGUCGGACGCAGAGCAAAGGGUCGGACGCAGAGCAAACAGUCGGACGCAGAGCAAAGGGUCGGACGCAGAGCAAAGGGUCAGACGCAGAGCAAAGGGUCAGACGCAGAGCAAAGGGUCAGACGUAGAGCAAAGGGUCGGACGCAGAGCAAAGGGUCGGACGCAGAGCAAAGGGUCAGACGCAGAGCAAAGGGUCAGACGCAGAGCAAAGGGUCAGACGCAGAGCAAAGGGUCAGACGCAGAGCAAAGGGUCGGACGCAGAGCAAAGGGUCAGACGCAGAGCAAAGGGUCGGACGCAGAGCAAAGGGUCAGGCCAAGGUGA